CUUUUUUCUCGUCACCAUAACCGCUCGCAUUUGGAAGCUUCCGUACAAUGCUCUCUUCCUCAGCGUCAUUCCUCACGGCUCCGUCGCUCUCUCCCAGAUCUUCGCCGUCGCUCUCUCCCAGACCUUCGCCGUCGCUCUCUCCCAGACCUUCGCCAUCUCCGCCGUCCCCCCGGUUCGGAACCGUGCGCGCCUUCGCCGGUGGCGCCGCCACGGCGGAGAAGCAGGAGCAGAAGAAGCAGAACCAGAGCUCGACGGCGUCGUUUCUGAACAUCGACAACCCUAGCAGACUCAUGGCGGCGUCUCUGUACGAGAUCCUCGGCAUACCAAGGGGCGCCACGUGUCAGGAGAUCAAGGCGGCGUAUCGGCGGCUGGCUAGGGUUUGCCACCCCGACGUGGCAGCUAUCGACCGGAAGGACUCGUCCGCCGACGACUUCAAGAAGAUCCACGCCGCAUACUCCACGCUCUCUGAUCCGGCGAAGCGAGCCGAUUACGAUCGGAAGCUUUUGAGGCGCCAUGGCCGGCCGUUGACCGUCGCUACCGGAUUUUCCGGAUUCACUCGCCGGAAUUGGGAGACGGAUCAGUGCUGGUAGGGUUUGCGGUUUCCGAUUUCGGAUUCUGAUUUGCACUAAUUAAGCUAGAUUAAGGUUGAGAUUACCACGGAGAAACAGAUAUUAGUACUGGAUUAUUAGUGUUUGUGUACAUAUUACGAGUGAUCUCUUCUCGAAGGUCACUGAUUAAGGUCUUCCACGAGCCAUCUUAGCCGUUAAAUAUGAUCAUGGUCAUCUUUCGCCGGCGAUGUUCAACAAAACAAGAAAGAAAGAAAUUGCGCCAAAGUCAAAAAGCUUGGAAAAUCUUUAUGGCGGAAUUAUUAUUACUAGAAUUCUGUUGCGUAAUUACGGCAGAAAAUAUCUCAGAAUCUCUCCGUUUUCUUUUCUUCUUUUUUGACGGAGGGAUUUCUGACUUUCUCUGUAUGUUUUCGUUUCUUAUUGAUCAUAUGAUAACAGGAAGCAAAUUGGGGCUCA